UACAAAAACAACCUGUGCAGAUCAGUACAUUCAUAAAUGUGAAGCAAACCACCCGACCAUCAUGUUUGGCACUAAGAGGCAGUGAGAAUGCCUGGCCACGCUCCAGCCACCGGGCGAUCCUGGACUCUCCCGCUUGGAGCUUAAUGGAUGUAACCGGGCAGCUACCAGUCUAUAUGUCUUCUGUAAAUGAUCCUCCAAGGGCUUACCUGUAGCUGUGCUGUCAUGCUCCCAGGAAUAAUCACAAGAUUAAAGAAGAAGUCCCAGUCGGUGGAUAUUAGCGGGCCAGGAUGUAACCCAGUGGCAGCUGAAGCUCAGACACCUCAGCCCAGUAAAUCUUCGCUUGCCACUAAGACAGCCACUUCUGAGGAGGAACAGAACAACACUGCAAAUACACAGAGGCGCAAUCCGCGGAGGAGUGAGCUGAAGAGAUAUUACACCAUCGACACUGGCCAGAAGAAGACCCAGGACAAGAAAGAUGGUCGGCGAAUGUCUUUUCAGAAGCCCAAAGGGACUCUUGAAUAUCCUGUGGAAUCAAGAGAUACGUUAAACAGUAUUGCCCUGAAAUUUGAUACAACACCCAAUGAACUGGUCCAGUUAAAUAAGCUUUUCUCCAGAGCAGUCGUUCCUGGACAGAUUUUGUAUGUUCCUGACCCAGACUACAUUUCUAGUGUGGACAGCUCCCCUUCUCUAAGUCCUAUAAGUCCCUUAUCACCUACAUCAUCAGAAGCAGAGUUUGACAAGGCUACAGUCAAUGAUCCAGAUGGAGUCCAACGAAAAGAGCCAGCUGCUUCACCAGCACAUUCGGGUGUUCGUCCUACAAGAGUGGUAUCCUCCACCUCUGAAGAGGAGGAAGCAUUUACAGAAAAAUUUCUCAAAAUUAACUGCAAGUACAUCACUAAUGGCAAGGGAACAGUCAAUGGUGUGCUGCUAGUGACGCCAAAUAAUAUAAUGUUUGAUCCUCAUAAAAUGGAUCCUCUGGUCCAAGAGAACGGCUGUGAAGAGUAUGGCAUCAUGUGUCCAAUGGAAGAAGUGAUGUCAGCUGCUCUGUAUAAGGAGAUCGUGGACAGCAAAAUUAAGGAUUCGUUAACCAUAGAUAUAGAACGUCUGUCUAUGAGGGAGCUUUGCCAUGCCAAGAAAGCUGCAAGGAGCAAUACGGAUGAAAUGGAGUCAAGGAUUCGGGACACAGGCAAYGACAGUGCUAGUACUGCCCCCAGGAGCACAGAGGAGUCCCUUUCGGAAGACGUGUUCACGGAAUCAGAACUCUCUCCCAUACGUGAGGAACUCGUUUCUUCAGAUGAACUUCGACAAGACAAAUCUUCUGGGGCAUCAUCGGAAUCUGUCCAGACAAUAAACCAGGCUAGCGCAGAAUGUUUAACCGUCAUUUCAGAUUCAAGUGAAGCUCCUGGUGACUUAAAAUCUAGCGCUGAACUGACUGUAGAUGUUAAACAGUUUAGUACUCCCAGUCUCUGUUCAGAAACUGCUAAAACGUCUCUAAAGGAAGAACAAGAAUCUAGUGAAACUGUUGCUGACUCCCUUCAACAGUCUUCGCAAGAAUCACAUCGCGGUGAAAAGCAGGGCACUCGGGCAGAAGACCAAGAUUCCACACAAGGAAAUGACCCGAAGGGGGAGAGUAAGGCAGGAGGGGAAUGUUGCCCUUGUGAAGGUUCCACAGGCUCUGAAAAGAAAGAGACAACUAGCAAAGGAAAACUGGUGCAAGAGCCAACUCAAAACUUGGAGACAGAAGUCGAAGAACUUCGAAAACUCUGGAAGACCCACACUAUGCAACAAACCAGGCAGCAGAGAGAGCACUUGCAGCAUGAUGCACAGAAGGAAAUGAGUCAGAAGACCAUGGCUGUGGGAGAUGGGCAGCUAGAAGGUUCUGGUGUAAUGAAAGAAAAACGAAGACAUCGAUCACACAAGUUCUUGCGUCUCAAGGUUGGAAAACCCAUGAGAAAAACAUUUGUUUCCCAAGCAAGUGCAUCAAUGCAACAGUAUGCACAGAGGGAUAAAAAGCACGAGUACUGGUUUGCUGUUCCACAAGAAAGGACAGACCACUUGUAUGUCUUCUUUAUCCAGUGGAGUCCUGAGAUAUAUGCAGAGGAUACUGGAGAAUCUAUUCGAGAACCUGGAUUUAUAGUAAUAAAAAAGAAUGAGGAGGCUGAAACUAGUGAAGAAGCUACUGCUGAAGAAGCUGCUAAAGAGUGGGAGGUAGUAUCGGUGGCUGAGUAUCACUGCAGGAUCGAUGCUCUAAAUAGCGAAGAACUGCGCACACUCUGCAGACGUCUCCAGAUAACAACAAGAGAAGAUACCAACUCAAAACAGGCAGCAAAUAUCAAAACAGACCUGGAGCCUGAAGCAUUCCGGCCAAAUCUUAGUGAUCCGAGUGAAUUACUACAACCAGAGCAAAUAGAAAAGCUCACCAAGUCUCUUCCACCACGGACCAUUGGAUAUCCAUGGACUCUUGCCUACAGUACUGCGAAGCAUGGCAUGAGCUUGAAGACUUUGUAUCGAACAAUGCUGGGCUUAGACACACCAGUAUUGCUGGUUAUCAAGGACAGCGAUGGCCAGGUUUUUGGUGCACUAGCAUCUGAACCAUUUAAAGUGAGUGAUGGCUUUUAUGGCACCGGAGAGACAUUUCUCUUUACAUUCUCUCCAGACUUUGAGGUUUUCAAAUGGACAGGAGACAAUAUGUUCUUCAUCAAAGGUGACAUGGACUCCCUUGCUUUUGGUGGAGGCGGAGGGGAGUUUGCUCUGUGGCUUGAUGGCGAUCUCUACCAUGGAAGAAGUCAUUCAUGUAAAACAUUUGGAAAUCAUACACUUUCUAAGCGAGAAGACUUCAUUAUUCAAGACAUAGAAAUCUGGGCUUUUGAAUAAGUAUAUAACUGUUUCUGCAGGGUCUUGUCCCAAACCUGACACGAAUCAGUGCAGCACAUCCCGAGGAGCAAUAUAACAUUCUGUUCUACGUUUUUUUUCUUUGCUUUCUCUUGUUUUCUGCGUGGCCAUCUAAUUAUAAUUUUGAAAUAGUAGACUUGUUAUUUUCUCACACCUGUAAAAUAUGGUCCUACUUUUCUAAGCUGUAGACACUUUUAAGAAGCAUAAACCUCAUGGACUAAAAGUGAGCGUAAGUUGCUUUGAACCUCACAGUCUACAAAAUUUCUCACCCUCUCUACAGCUGCCUCCCAAGUUGCCCACACACCUUUCUUCAGUGCUGCCAGGGGGCUGUUUCAUUCAAUAAAGGCUAUUAUUUUUGUAUUCAAAUUAUAUCUAUGAAUGAAGCUGCCCUCCAUGAACCUACAUAAGAAGAAAGCUGUGUGUGAGUGUUACAGAGCUUGGUCUGGACCACUGAUGGGUAAUUUCAUCCGGUGCCACAAGAUAAGAAGCUUAGCAUUCCUUCUUAAUACAUACCAGUAUGCAUAUGGUCAAGUUAGAAGGUAUAUCCAAAGUCAACAGUGCCACUUGUCAUGUUUAUUGUURUUUAUGUUUAGAAAAAAGUCAGUUAAACAAUACAGUAAGUGCUCUAACUGCAUGCUGAUUGUGUUAGAGUGUUUUGCACAUGCUGUUAAUGAUCUGUAGGUUUGGGACAAAUGCUGAAAAUGUUGAGCUACGUGGCAAGGACUUACAAAAUAGCAAGGGAGCGUAAGAAUGUGACAGUUCCACAAAUGUAAAAGGCUAAAGCAAGUGAAACUCGAACAAUUUGUAGCUAUAGUAGGGCAUUAAAAGUACAAAGAUGACGAAACAGAUGCAUCUUUCUUCAACAUAAAGUGUCAGAUAUAUACUGUUAUACUGUUGUAGCUGUGUAGCACAUCAAUUCCAAGAAUAUAGCUUAUUCCUGUCCAAAGAAAAAAUAGUUGUGAUGUUUUUGAGUGGAUCUAUGUUGUAAAUUUACAGUUAGCACCAGCUCUGAUUAAAAUGAGAUAAUGUACUAUAGGUAGACAAUAUUGUAAUUCUGUAGACUUGUGGAAUAUGCAAACUUACUGUCAUGUGACCUCAAGAAAAUGACAGGCUAGAAUACAGUUCCAGUAGCUCUUGUCCACUUUCGUAGGAAAUCGAUAAGCCUUUGUGGCAAUAACAGCUCAACAAAACUGUUUGUUUCAAAGCUUCUAUUCUAUGUUCUGCAAAAACAAAAAGAAAAAAAAAUUGCUGUUAAGUGUGACAGUGACUGACUUUGUGCUGAAAUUUCAGCUAUUUCAGAUGAACAUUGUAUAUUAUCUUGUAAAUUAAUGUUUAAAGUAGUUUUGUUAUUAUAGAAAAGUGUUGAUUGACGGGUUGCUAAUAGCACUUUAAAUUAUUCUAGAAAUGGAAUAAAAGCCAAAUGGGUUGGCUUAAGUAGAUGUAGUUGUAUAUUUCAAAAUAUUUAGAUCUUGGAAAAGUUUUAAAAACUUACUUGAAGGCCUACUGCUAUGUUAAAGAAAAAGGGCAAAUGUUUCAUCAUAUAUGCUAAUGCUCAAUAUGAAUAGAAAUACAGGGCUUUGUUUCCUGUCUCUAUGUAUAGCUCUUUACCCUUAUUAGAACUUAGUAUAAUGUGUAGACUAAAUGUUUACAAAAUAAGGAACUGUAAAUAAAAAUGGCUCUUCUCCCCUUUGGUCUUCCA